CCGACUGCCUCGCUCUCUCCCUUGUGUAGCGCUGCUUCGCUUUCGUGCUUCUCGUGUCUUCGGCGUCGAGGAAGGAAGGAAGGAGGCGAAGGGGCAGCUAGGAGGAAGGACACAGAGAGAAAUGAGAGCAAGCUCAGCCGCGUCCGACUCCAGGCAGUCUCCCGGUGGCCGGGCAGUGUGAGCGUGCAGCCAGCACUUUGUUGCAUUCAAAGCCGUUGCUUGUUGCAAGCGGAGAAGGACCUUAAUUUUUGCAAGAUGAGCGCGGAGGGAUACCAGUACCGGGCCUUGUACCCGUACAAGAAGGAGCGGGACGAGGACAUCGACUUAAGGGUGGGCGACAUCCUCACCGUGAACCGGGGGACCCUGGUGGCCCUGGGGUUUGGGGAGGGCAACGAGGCGAGGCCUGAGCAGAUUGGCUGGCUUAAUGGCUACAAUGAGAACACGGGCGAGAGGGGAGACUUCCCCGGCACAUACGUGGAGUAUAUUGGUAGGAAGAAGAUCAGCCCCCCGACUCCCAAACCCCGUCCUCCCAGACCUCUGCCUGUGGCCCCCGGGGUAUCUCGUGGCGAGGCAGGAGCAGAAGCUCAGGCAUAUGCACUUCCGGAUCUGACGGAGCAGUUCUCACCUCCUGAUGUUGCUCCACCAAUGCUUAUUAAGCUCAUAGAAGCCAUCGAAAGAAAAGGUCUGGAAUCUUCGAUAUUGUACAGAUCGCUAGGUUCCAGCACCGUGGCCGAUCUGCGACAGAUCCUUGAAUGUGAUCCGUCCGGGAUUGAUUUUGAGCAGUUUGAUUUACCUACUUUGUCAGAUGCUUUAAAACGAUAUCUUUUGGAUCUCCCAAACCCUGUCAUUCCAGCUUUAAUAUACAAUGAAAUGCUCUCUGCUGUCAGAGAAUCUUUAAAUUCGGAUGACUAUGCACAGAUAUUGAGGAAAAUCAUCCAAUCUGCAAACGUUCCUCACCAGUACAGGCUCACACUCCAAUAUCUACUGAAGCAUUUCUUUCAACUGUGUCAAAGUUCCAGCAAAAACCAGCUAAGCGCAAAGUUCCUUGCCGAAAUUUUUAGCCCACUUCUUUACAGAAACCAACUAUCGAGCUCUGACAGUACUGAGUACAGUGCUCAGAUCCUAGAAGUUCUCAUUGCAAGUGAAUGGAAUGAGAGGCAAGCAGCUCCAGCACUGCCACCAAAGCCUCCGAAAUCUGCUGUAACAAGUAACGGUACGAAUCACAGUAUGUCUCUGCAAGACGCAGAAUGGUACUGGGGAGACAUCUCGAGAGAGGAGGUAAACGAGAAGCUACGUGACACAACUGAUGGUACCUUUUUGGUACGAGAUGCUUCUACAAAAAUGCAUGGCGACUAUACUCUUACACUAAGGAAAGGGGGAAAUAACAAAUUAAUCAAGAUCUUUCACCAGGAUGGAAAAUAUGGCUUUUCAGAUCCCUUAACAUUUAACUCUGUAGUUGAGCUGAUCAACCACUACCGAAAUGAGUCAUUGGCCCAGUACAACCCUAAGCUGGAUGUAAAACUUGCGUACCCAGUGUCCAAGUUACAACAGGAUCAAGUUGUCAAGGAAGACAGUAUUGAAGCUGUCGGGAAGAAAUUACGAGAAUAUAAUUUACAGUUUGAAGAAAAGAAUCAGGAAUACGAUAGACUGUAUGAAGAUUACACCAGAACGUCUCAGGAAAUUCAAAUGAAAAGAACUGCAAUUGAAGCAUUUAAUGAAACCAUAAAAAUCUUUGAGGAGCAGUGCCAAACACAAGAAAAAUACAGCAAGGAAUAUAUCGAGAAAUUCAGGCGUGAAGGAAAUGAGAAAGAAAUACAAAGGAUUUUGCACAAUCAUGAAAAGCUUAAGUCCCGAAUUAGUGAAAUUGUGGACAGCAAGCGUAGGCUGGAGGAAGAUUUGAAGAAACAGGCGGCAGAAUAUCGUGAGAUUGACAAACGUAUGAACAGCAUCAAACCAGACUUGAUUCAGCUAAGAAAAACCAGAGACCAGUACUUAACGUGGUUGACACAAAAAGGAGUCAGACAGAAGAAACUAAACGAGUGGCUUGGAAACGAAAACACAGAAGAUCAGUACUCCACGGUUGAAGAUGAGGACCUGCCACACCAUGAAGAGAAAACAUGGAAUGUUGGCAGUAUAAACCGAAUCCAAGCAGAAAAUCUGCUCCGUGGAAAGCGAGAUGGAACAUUCCUUGUGCGAGAGAGUAGCAAGCAGGGGUGCUACGCAUGCUCUGUGGUGGCGGAUGGCGAGGUUAAGCACUGUGUCAUAAACAAAACUCUUACCGGAUAUGGAUUCGCAGAACCAUACAAUUUGUACAGCUCUCUGAAAGAACUGGUGCUCCAUUACCAACAUACGUCCCUUGUACAGCACAAUGACUCUCUGAACGUCACGCUAGCAUACCCUGUAUAUGCACAGCAGAGGCGAUGAACAGCUAACAGACUAUGGAAUCUAUUCCUAAAUUGACAACACUGAGGCCUAUUUCGGCAGAGAGAAAUCUAAAGCUCCCUUGUUGGCCCGCUUCACAAGAUUGAGCUGCAGUAUCAAAGCUAUCUUCAAAUGGGAUGAGAGCUUUUUCCGCCAUGGACGCAGGAGAUGAGUGUUAAGCUGUGAAUGUAUGUUUCUAAGCUAUCAUGCUUGCUUUCUAAGAACAAGAAGCACAGCAACGGAAAGAUAUGCCAUUUAAAGCCUAUCUCCAGGCCUACAGCUACCCAGGGGCCUCUACCAUGGUGCUUGUUUACGUUCUAUUGAAGCUUUAUUAGCUUGUAUGUUGGUCACCGCAGAUCCAAGAAGCCAAGGUGUACUGUGGGGAAAUGUUCCAUCAUCACCUUUUUUUAAGGACUCCCUGUAAAUUGCGUACCAGAACUUCUUACACCGCCUUGUGGAUUGUUUCAUUUUCCAAAAAUAUAUGUAGCAGAAUGGCACUUUUCUUCAUUUCUUAAAGAAAUGUAAAAGGAACUAGAAUUUUCCAUUCAUUGACAAAGUCCAAUCAGCGAAGUGCCAGGAAGUGUUUUUCUUAAGACUAAGAAAGGAAACUAAAGUGGAAAUUAUGUUAAAAAGAACCUAUUUAAUGUGCAAGAUGACAGGAUGGAAGAUGGUGCACGUAUAUCUAUAUAAAUUCACAUAUAUAGGUAUAUAAUAUCAUGUACAUAGCAUUGGGUGACAAGCUAUCAAAAGGAUACCAAUACCAAACUGUCUAUUUUUUAUUUUGCUGACUGCUAAAUCCUUAAUGCUAUGCAACAUCAAUUUUCCUUAAGCUGUUUUUCAUUAUUGUUUGUUUUUACUUUUUGUAUGUACCAAUAACAUACUUUUCAUCGAAAACAAA